CACACUUUCAACAGCGUCUGCGAGACUAGUGUAUGAGAAACUGCUACGUCAAAACCAACAAAGCAGAAGACACAAAGAAUGUUGAACUGUGCACGCACAUAUUUGUGUACAUGUUGAUGGACUUUGUCAACAGCUUCAGUGGUCUGCGUCGAAGACAACCACAGGUUAGAGGGAACUCAUUAGACAGGCCAGCUGAAAGUUUGUUUACCAGAGCCGCCCCGCGUUGACGGUUUGCGACCUCUGCUUCUGCGCUGGACCCGCUGGACCAGAUGGAUCAAAGAGAUGAUACGAGCACUAACACUUCCAUCGACGACAAAACGGAAGACUUCGCCGACAACCCAACCCGGGACACUCUUGCUGAUGGUUUGCUGUGCCUGUUAAGACCCACCAUUGAGCAACUGGAUGAGAGAGUUAAAGCCACGAGAAUCAGCCAAGAAGAACUGAAACAACACCUUGACAGUUUAUCUGAUGAACUAAAGGAACUUGCUGAGCAUCAGAUCUGCCCAUUACAUCUUGAGAAAUAUGUCAACAAAUUGAAUGAUGCUAAAGCAAAAAUUUCUGUUGUGGGCAAUAUCUUGCAAUCAUCACAGGAUCGUCUGAUAAAACUGAAUCAACACAUUCACAAGGAGCAAAAUCGACGAAAGGCCUUGAUUGAGCCAAGUACAAGUUUAACUCCCAGUUCAACUCCACUGGAACCAACCUUCUCCUCCAAUUAAUUCCUGUUCCAAGUCUUGACCAAUUUU